GUAAUGGAAGGACAACAAUUCAUAAUGUAAAGUUGACUUUCGAGUAUAUUUCUGAAGUUUACGUGAAAUUACUCCAAAUUCAGCAUUAUGUCGAGCCUAUUAAAUAGCUGAUUAUAUUCUUACAAGUAGCAAAUGAAAAAGAUGUCGCCCCUGUUUCUCGUCAUGUCAUUUACAAUGUGUUUCUAGAUUCAAUUGCUUCAAAAGUGAUUCUUUGAGUGAAAUUGAUACAGCAAUAGAAGAUUGAGUAAUUGGGCUUCCCCUGUCCCUUGGACUAAAAAUAGCUACAAAAAAAAAAAAACAUUUACUAAAAAUUGAUAAUAGUGUUGGUUGGAGUAAUGAUAUGAAGUUAAGAGCGGAGAUAGUUGUAAAGUAAAAGGUCUAAAAUUGAGGAAAGUCAUUUUCCACCUUCCCGUGGAACGAGUUUCUUGACAACCAAACACUAGAAAAUGAUUAAUUUUCUCUCGUACCUAACGCAUUUGAUAUCCCAUCAACUGAGUUAUGCACGCUAUCUAUACAGUUCAAAUUACAUGAAGAAUGCAAGUAUCCCAAAAAAUAAUUCACUCAUACUCUUAUAAAUCUUAAUUAACAUACAAAAAUAGAUAGUAGCACCUUUAUUUACAAGAGUGCAAAACCAACAAUCAAAUAAUUGGUGGAUAAAAAUUUGACAUGUAAAUUGACGUUUGCCAUUGUCCGGCCGCCCGAGGACCAGCUUCACUUAAGGCCAGCAAGAUUGUCAGCUGAGGAGGUAAAAGAAAUGAAAAAAAAAGAUGGUUUUGUGAUGGCAAGUCUUGAGAAGAUUUUGGCUUUGCAUACAAAACAUACUCCAAACUUCUUGGGGUUGUACCAAAAUAUGGGGUUUUGGAAAGAGUCAAAUUAUGGUAAGGGUGUGAUCAUAGGGCUUCUAGACACUGGGAUUAAUUCAGGCCAUCCAUCUUUUAGUGAUUAUAAUAUGACACCUCCACCGGCAAAAUGGAAAGGCAAAUGCGAAUUCACAGAGAACAUAACGUGUAACAAAAAGCUCAUUGGUGCGAGGAAUUUUGUGAGUAGUUCAACUAAUUCACCAUUUGAAGAAGGUGGCCAUGGCACACUUACAUCAAGCGUAGCUGCUGGAAAUUUUGUUGAUGAUGCAAAUGUGUUUGGCAAUGCCAAUGGCACAGCAGCCGGCAUGGCCCCUCUUGCUCACAUUGCCAUGUACAAGGUGUGUUCGGACUCUGGUUGUUCGGAUGUUGACACAUUGGCUGCAAUCGAUGCUGCAACUGACGAUGGUGUUGAUGUGCUUUCUCUCUCCAUUGGUGGAUAUACUGCUCCCUUUUAUGAUGAUGGUAUGGCCAUUGGCGCUUUUGCUGCAAUCCAAAAGGGUAUUUUCAUGAGCGCUUCUGCUGGUAACGAUGGUCCACUUAGUGCUACAUUAUCAAAUGUGGCCCCUUGGAUUCUCACAGUUGGCGCAAGCACCCAUGAUAGGAAGGUGGUGACAACAGUUGUGCUAGGGAAUGGACAAGAAUAUGACGGUGAAUCAAUUUUUCACCCCACGGACUUCCCUCAUAAUACCUUAUUGCCCUUGGUAUACCCUGGCUUGUUAAAUCAAGAGGCCGCACUAUGCUCAUUCGGAUCAUUGAAUAGCACUGAUGUCAAAGGCAAGGUUGUCGUGUGUAACAAAAGUGGUGGUCAUGUAGCAAGACUUGAGAAAGGGCAGACAGUAAAGGAUUCUGGUGGGGCCGCCAUGGUUCUUGUCAAUCUAGAGAUUGAUGGAGAUGGCACGUUAGCUUACAUUGAUGUCCUUGCUACGACAAAUGUGGGUUAUAGUGCCGGAGAAAUGAUUAAAACCUACGUAAACUCAACCUCAACGCCUUUAGCAAGAAUCAGUUUCAAAGGUACUAGCAUAGGUUUUAAGAGUGCACCGUCUGUAGCAUCAUUUUCUUCCAGGGGUCCCAACUUGAUAAGUCCAGGAAUAGUCAAACCAGAUAUUAUAGGUCCUGGAGUGAACAUCCUUGCAGCAACGCACGUUUCAGCGGAGAACAAAACUGGCACCGAUUUGGCAUUUGACAUUGUCUCAGUUACCUCAAUGUCCUGUCCUCACCUUAGUGGCAUUGUGGCUUUGCUUAAAAGUGCACACCCUGAUUGGUCACCAGCUACUAUUAAAUCCGCAAUAAUGACUACAGCUGAUCAAUUCAACCUCGAAGGUCAACCCAUCCCUGAUCAGAAGAAAAUGCCUGCUGAUAUCUUCUCAUUUGGUGCCGGUCAUGUAAAUCCAUCAAGAGCAAGUGAUCCAGGUCUUAUUUAUGACAUCCAACCUCAGAAUUAUAUCCAAUAUCAAUGCGGUCUUGGCUAUACAGAGAAACAGAUUGGGUUCAUUGUGCAACAAAUUGUCAAGUGCUCGCUACAAUCAAGCAUACCUGAGGCAGAACUAAACUAUCCAUCUUUCUCUAUUAUACUUGGACCACAGACACAAAAUUAUACAAGAACAGUUACAAAUGUUGGUGAUGCAAGCUCAACUUACGUCGUCAACAUCACUCAAAUUGAAGGAGUCCAUAUAGUUGUCGAGCCAACCACGCUUGUUUUCACCAAGGUGAACCAACGGGCAACUUAUUCAGUUUCCUUUACCCAAAUAGGUAGCAUCACCGGCCGUUUUGUUCAAGGAGCUAUAUCAUGGAUCUCUAAUAAGUAUGUUGUUAGAAGCCCAAUCUCUGUUAAAUUGGAAUAAGGGGAUAUCUUGCUCUAAAAUUGUAACCAAAUCAAACCAAACUACAUGCACUUCUACUGUUACAGCCUUACGGGAGUAACAUUUAUACAUAGCAUUUACUCAUAUUUUACUACGCUACAAAAUUAGACACUAAAAUGUCAAAUUACUUGGUCCAUUUUCUGUUCUG